AGAAGACCCGGGUCUGUGCGGGCCAGUGUGGGCUCAUCGGGAGCCCCGUGGACAUCAGUGAAGUGUUCGCCUUCCACCUGGACCGAGUGCUCGAACUGAACCGGACUUCACCGGCCGUGAGUCGGAGGUUCAACCUGCUUCAUGGUGAAUGGCCGUCCGUGUCCAGUGGUGGCAUGGGAAGAGUCUCUCCGCUCGGCUGACCCUGCAGCAGGCAGGUCCACGGUCAGGGUCACAUGGGGGCAGUACCAGAGGUCUCUGAAACAGAGGUGCUGGCUGAAAAACACUGUUCCCAAAGAAGACGCCGGGUGUUCCUCGGUCCACCACCACGAGUGGAGCAAGGUGGCGCUGUUCGAUUUCAUGCUGCAGAUCCACAACCGUCUGGAUCAGAGCUGCUGUGGGUUCCGGCCGCGGCACGAGGACUCCUGCGCAGACCUGGGCCACGAGGUCGGGUGUACGAAUCAGGACCAGAUACCCCUGAGAAACAUCGUCCACAGGCGGGACGACCCUCGGCACCUGGUCUUCACACACAACAAGGCCUACUUCGACCGCAACGAAGACAACCUGGACUUCCGGCUGCUGGAGGGAAUCAAGGAACUCCCGGAGGCGGCGGUGUCGGUGCUGACCAGCCGGAAGCUGAGAGAGAAGCUGCUCCAGUCGCUGUUCCUGGAUCAGACCUACUGGGAGAGUCAAGGCGGCCGGCAGGGGAUCGAGACUCUGAUCGACGUGAUCGAGAGGCGAGCCCAGGUCCUCCUCACUUACAUCAACGCUCACGGAGUCAAAGUGGUGCCGAUGAACAACUGACCAGACUCUUCCAGCUGUUUAGGUCGAAGACAAAACUCUUUCCCACCAAGACUUGAUACAAAUGAAGGGAUCACGGGUUCAGUUUAUUGGAGGUAAUCCCUGUGGGAUUCACCCGAAGUAUGUUUCCCCUCAAUAUUUCAGAUUCACAUGAUGAUGAUUAUCCCUGACACACAGCCUUGGUCACCAGAGUGGGAGUAUCUGCGCGACAAUCCGUCGUAAAACAGGCGAACAACGCGGUCACACAGAAAUAGUCGCUGAAAUCGGAGCCAGAAUGUGGUGGUCCCGCUCGUAAACAUGAUGCCUGCGUGGAGUUCGGGGGGCUUAGCCAGAUAUUUCCAUGAGGGGCUUCUGUUGGUUUAACCCCUCGUCACCCGCGCUGGAGCGCCAUGUUUGUGUAGCAAAGACCCUUGUGCAGGACUCUCCUGUGAGAGAGCAGAGAGGAGUUGACUUUGACCAGGUCUACAGCCACGACAUGAAGCGACCGGGACCCCCCCCCCUCUCACUCUGUGAAAUUAGAGCGCAGUCAACAGUUUCCCAGAGGCCAAAGGUCGCGGUCCAAACUGUCAAACAAGCUCAGGCAGCUAUUUGACUCCGACAAUUUUAGUUUCCUCUCAUGUAGGCGACUGUGAUUGUGAUGACACUGUGUAAUGUAAAACGCAGUAUGUGAUGCCACAAGCACUGUGUAGAAACAAUGUCGAGCAAACACAACUAGAAAGUCAUAAACUGAUUUCAUAAUAGGAAAGCAUUUGAGGACAGAAGUGUAUCUAAAGUGGAGACGGCUAGUUUAGGAGGAAAAGGGUGUCCGGGUUGAGCUCUUUCACCAGGUGGAGGCGCUGAAGUAUCUUGGAUUCCUGGACAAGAGUGAGGGAAGGAUGGAAAUGCAGCAGCGAGGACUCGAAGUGAAAGAAGAGCUGAGCCAGAAGGCAAACCUCUGCAUUGAUCAUGAGCUUUGUUGUGAGCGAAAGUUUGUCCAUCUGAGGCUCCGAGUGGAGGCCGUGGGGCAAACCCACGAUGCCUCCCCCAUAAGACCUAGUGAGAGGGAAGUCUGGGCCUCUUAGCUGUGGCUGCUGCCCCUGCAACACAACCUCGACUUUCCUUACAAUCCUCCUUACAAUACAGUAUAGUUAUUGAUGAUAUAAUGAUAAUAAAUAUGUUAUUAUGAUAUGACAUUGCUCUUCAUUAUCUUGAAUUUAAAUCACAUUUAUGUCAGACAACUCCUCGACUAUUGAGGCGGCAACUUCGUUUCUAACGGAACUGAUCCUUCCAGGAACAGUUGACAAUGAUUUAAAAACGAAAAAGGUUUGUUUCCUGUGAGUAUUUCUUCCAAUGUUGCAACUCCUAGAAGUCUUAGAAACAAUUCUGGAGUUGCUGUCUUGACUGUUACAAUUUUAC